CUCCCUCCUUCCUCCCUCCCUCCUUCCUCCUUCUCCCGCACAUUCAACAAACACAGGCAAGAGGAGGAGGAGGACGUAGCAGCGGAAAAGGAGCAUUCAAAGUAGACCAGCCCUGCCAGCAAAAGGGACGGCCCUCUGCCUGGACGGGGCAACAAGUCGCUCGUGGACCAAAGGGGUGUGUGGAAGGGGGAACAGGCGCCUGGGAAAGCCUGGAUCUGGAGCCUCCAGGAGUGGGCUCUGUGCGUCUUGAGCCGCAUUUGUUCCUGGAGAGAUGUGACUGACUGGGCGCUGCUGCUGCUGCUGCUUCUGGCGCAGUGUUUUAUGGAGCAUCGGGACGGAGGGCCCUGGUGCGCCUCUCUGUUUGCGGGUGAUGCCCGGCCGGAGCUGAUCGGAGAGAAGGAGGAGGAGGAGGAGGAGGGAAGCGAGGACGGAGCGGAGCCUGCGCCCCUCGACUAUGGCCGUGUCCUGCUACGCUCUCAACACUUUGGUGAUCAUGAAGAGCGGCGAGGAAGAGGAGGAGGAGGGGCGCAGCAAGAAGGCAGCGGCGGCAGUAGUGGCGGGAGGGCCCGGCAGCGAGGGGAGAAGCGCCUACUCUCCGCUCUCCGCCUUCAGCAGCAGUAGCAGCAGCAGCGGGAGCAGCAGCACCGUCUCCCCCUCCGCCUUCCUCUUUCCCCCGGUGCUUGCCGAGGAGGAGGAGGGGGGGGAGGGAGAGAAGCCCUCGCCUCCGCGACGCCUGAGCAGCCCCCGCUGGGCCGGCCCCCAUAGCCGCUCCCCUUCCCCGGGCGCCCCCCGCAGCCUGCCCUCCCCUUCCGUGCCGAGGGAGCUGCAGCACGUGCAGGUCACGCAGAAAGUGGGGCUCUUCGAGGCGCACAUCCAGGCGCAGAGCUCGCCCUUCCUGCUCAAGAGCCCCCGCCCCGAGAGGAGGAGGAGGAGGAGGAGGGACACGCCAAGCCCCCCAGCCCCCAAGGAGGAGGCGGAGAGGAGGGCCAACGGGGACCCCCAAGAGGCACAGCUGGGGAGGCUGAGCCCCAAGAAGGGCGGGAAAGACCUGGGGCCCCACAUAGCCCCUGCCUUGAGGGUCUGCGCUGGGGACCAGCCAGGCGAAGGCCAAGGAGGGUCGAGAUUGCUGGAGGGCGCCCAAAGGGUCCAGGCGGUGUCAGUCUUGAGGGUCGGCAUCAUCAAAGUGGAAUCAAAGUCUCCAGGAGAGCAAGAGGGCGUCCGGAAGGUCCAAGAGUCUCAGGCAGCAGCAGAUGUGGGGCAUGUCACCAAAAUCCAGGCAGGUGAAGGCGAAGCAAGGUUUCCAAGGGGGUCCAGGAGGUUAGAGGGUGCCCAGAGGAUCUGUGGGGCUCAAACAUCACCGGUUGUGAGGAUCAGUACAGGUGAAGGUGAGGAGAGGUCUCCAGGAGAACGACAGGGAGCCCAGAUGGUCCAGGAGGCCCAGAGAGCACCUGCGUUGAGGGUCGACACUGGUAGGAAACUGUCAUCUUGCUCACCAGCGAUAAGGAUCAAUACCAGGGACCAGACAGGUGAUGUGAGGUCUCCAGGAGAGCAACAGGGAGCCCAGAUGGUCCAGGAGGCCCAGAGAGUGCCUGGGUCGAGGAUCGACACUGGUAGGAAACAGUCAUCUUCCUCAACAGCAAUGAGGAUCAGUACCAGGGACCAGGCAGGUGAAGGUGAAGUGAGGUCUCCAGGAGAGCGAAGGGGAACCCAGAUGGUCCAGGAAGCCCAGAGAGCACCUGCAUUGAGGGUUGACACUGGGAUCCAGGCAGGGGAAGACAAGGUGAGAUCUUCAGAGCAGCCCAGGGAACUGGAGGGAGCCCAGAGGAUCCAUGUUGCACCUGCUGGUUUCAGCACUGGGGACCAAGGAGGUGAAGGCAAGAUGAGGUUGUCAAGGGAAUCCAGAGAGCUGGAGGGAGCCCAGAGGAUCCAUGUAGCACCUGCAGUAAGGGUCAGCACUGGGGACCAGGGAAGUGAAGGCCAAAUUAGGUUGUCAAGGGGGUUCAGAGAGCAGGAGGGAGCCCCGAGGAUCCAAGUCGCUCAGGCAGUGCCAGUGGUGGUCAGCACCAAGGACCAGACAGCAGAAGGUGAGGCAAGGUCUCCUGGGGAGUAUACAGAGCCCAACAGUGCCCAGGGGUCACACAUAGCACCUACAUUGAAGUUCAGCACUGGGAUCCAGGCAGGUAAAGAUGAAGUGGGAUCUUUGGCAGAGUUCAAAGAGUUGGAGAGUGUCCAGAGGAUCCUGGGCAUCGGCACCAGAGCCCAGGCUGGGGAAGGUGAGGCAGGGAGGUCUAGAGAGCAAGAAGGAGCCCAGAGAGUCCUAGGGACUCAGGCGGUGUCUGUGUUAAGGCUUGGCACUGGGAUCCAGGCAAGUGAGGAGGAGGCAGCACAUCUCCCAAGAGGGUCGUGCAAAGCUUUGAGCUGCUUGGGUGGCGAAGAAGGGAGGCGCGGCUUUGGUGGAGGGCAGGGCUCCAGUGCUGCUGAGGAGCCCCUUGGAGGCCUGUCUUGCCUCUCCAGGACUGAGGGCACCAGCUGCCCGCUUGUGUUGGUGAAGAAGCAGCAGCAGCUGGAGACGGCACCGCCUGAGCAGGGCUCUGAACUCCUCAUGGCUGAAGCCAACGAAGCCAGCCCUGGAGACCCACUCAGGAUGUUGGCAGGAGUGGAGGAACAGGGGGACCUUCAGCUGGAAGGGGAGAAAUGCUGCGGAGGUGGCAGUGGCAGCAUCCCUGCUGUCAUUGUGACUGAUUUGGGUGCUCAGGAGGAGGAAGAGACUGGAGGAGCCCCUCAAAGGACCAACGCUGGUAGGAAACUGUCAUCUUCCUCGGCUUCCUCGACUGGCUUCUCCUCUUCCUGGGAAGAAUCAGAGGAAGACAUCUCGAGUGACCCGGAGCGCUCCUUGGAUCAGAAUCCAGCCUUCCUACAGACCUUGGAGAAACCCAGAGUGAGCAAGUCAUGGCGAAAGAUCAAGAAUAUGGUGCACUGGUCUCCCUUCGUUAUGUCCUUCAAGAAGAAAUAUCCUUGGAUCCAACUAGCAGGACACGCAGGUAGCUUCAAAGCUGCAGCUAAUGGGAGGAUACUGAAAAAGCAUUGUGAGUCUGAACAGCGCUGCUUGGACCGCUUGAUGAAUGAUGUCCUCAAGCCUUAUGUUCCAGCCUACCACGGAGAUAUAGUGAAAGAUGGGGAACGCUACAAUCAGAUGGAAGAUCUCCUGGCUGAUUUUGACUCUCCUUGUGUCAUGGACUGCAAGAUGGGGGUCAGAACCUACUUGGAGGAAGAAUUAACAAAGGCGAGAAAGAAGCCCAGUCUGCGGAAGGACAUGUACCAGAAGAUGAUUGAAGUAGAUCCUGAUGCUCCUACUGAGGAGGAAAACUCUCAGCGUGCAGUAACCAAGCCCCGAUACAUGCAAUGGAGGGAGACCAUCAGUUCUACAGCAACCCUGGGGUUCAGAAUUGAGGGAAUAAAGAAGGAAGAUGGCACUGUGAACAGGGACUUCAAGAAGACAAGAACAAAGGAACAAGUCAUGGAGGCCUUUAGAGAAUUUACUAAAGGAAACUGUAACAUUCUGAACAGUUAUCUUAAUCGACUGAAGAGCAUCCGUGACACCUUGGUUACAUCACCAUUCUUCGGGGGUCAUGAGGUAAUUGGGAGUUCCCUUCUCUUCAUUCAUGACAAGAAAGAACAAGCCAAAGUCUGGAUGAUUGAUUUUGGGAAAACAACGCCGCUUCCAGAGGGACAGGUCCUCCACCACAAUGUGCCCUGGGUAGAAGGCAACAGAGAGGACGGCUAUCUCUGGGGGAUGGAUAACCUCAUUCAAAUCCUAAGUGAAUUGUCACAGAGUGAAGGCCUGCAUUAAAGCCAAAUGUCCAACUCCGCCACUACCUGGAAACCCACCCCUCCAACUGACUCUUCUGAACUGCACUACAAGACACUUUCCUCCCACCCACCCUCUUCCUUUCUGGAUCUAAAACUUUAGGAACUCGUUGUUUUAUUUAAAGUGUAAAUAUGCAGUUAUGUGCCAGAACAAAUGCAGAACAUGAAACUCAAUGUAGGCAAUGGAAGUGAAUAGCAGUACAAAGCUUUUAAGUGUUAGUAGUUAAAGAAUUCUGCAAAUGGCUACCAAAUGCAAGACUUUCAUCACUUCCUCCUUAAUCAGGUGUUUAGCGCUUGUAUCUUAUCUGUGUCAACAAAGAAAGUCCUUUCAUGUAAGGAGUUUUCUGUGGUUUAUCAGCCAAAGGAGAGAUUGUGUCCUAGUCUUGCUUGAACAAUACUUAUCUAAUUUUUGUCAGACUGAAGGAGAGAUUCAUUUGUUAUUAUCUGCUGCUCUCUCGUCUCCAACAUAAGAUUUGGGCCACUCGUGCUAAAGCCAUGUCCACAUAAGGACACUUUGUGAGGAUUUUAUAUAUGUAUGCAUUCUUUCUUCCUGGGAAUUUCCCACAGAAAUGAAGCUUUGGAAUCUACUAAGAAAGCCAGGGAGAAAUGAAGCAUUUUAUAUUUACUAACUUCCUUAAAUGUAGGCAUCCAGAUAAUAAUUUUAUAGAAAGAAUUAAUAUCAGGUCUACUUUUUUAUAUAGCCAAGCAACUUCUUAGCUUAUAACUACUGUGCAAUACUUGAGUAGUUGUAACAAUUGCAAAAAAAGAGGCUUCUGUGGGUUACAUUUUAUGGUGCAUUCAUUUAGCUGCUGUGUUUGCCUUGAAUUGUUGGGCAGUAGUGCUCCCAUCCCUUCUUGCCUUAGACAGAAUGAGCAAUUUCCCAGGCCCAGGUGACUAGACUGAAUAACCCAAAAUGCAGCUAAGCAGGUAUGGGGAAACCCAGGCCCGGGGGCCGGAUGCGCUCCUUGGGCUCUUUUCUCAGGCCCUCCUCUCUCUCACCAUCCCAUCCUUCCUUCUCUCUUUCUUUCCUCCUUCCCUCACUCUUUCUUCUUCCCUUCCACCCUUUCGUCCUUCCUUCUCUAUUUCUUUCCUCCUUCCCUUCCUUUCAUCCUUCCCUCCUUUCCUCCCUUUUGUCUUUCUUUCUUUCUCUUUCCUUCCUCCUUACCUUCCUCCCUUCCCUCCCUCUUUUUCUUUCCAUCCUUCCCUUCCACCCUUUCGUCCUUCCUUCCUUCCUUCUUCCUUCCCUCUCUCCCUCUUUCUCCUUCCAUCCUUCCCUUCCACACUUUCAUCCUUCCUUCCCUUUUUCCUCCCUCUCUCCCUCUUUCUCCUUCCCCCUUCCUCCCUUCAUUCUCUUUUUCCUUCCUCCUUCCCAUCCUUCUAUCCUUCUCUUCCAUCCUUUCAUCCUUCAUUCCUUCCCUUUUGUCUUUCCUUCCUUCUUCCCUUUCUCCCUCUUUCUCCUUCCAUCCUUCCCUUCCUCCAGUUCAUUCUUCCUUCCUUCUCUCUUUCCUUCUUCCUUCCUUCCCUUCCUUCCUUCCAUCACCAGGUUAGAAAGUUUGCCCAUGCCUGAGCUAAAGUCACAACUCAGUGAUGGCACUUGUAUUCAUCACCACCAUUGCCACCACUGAAAUGCACUGAAAACUAUAGCAAGUCUCUGGUGCCACAUGUUUUCAGGACAUCCAUCCUCCACCUAGAACACGCCUACACAACCUGUGGCCCGCCAGGUGUUUUGGACUUCAGCUCCCAGAAUUCCUGACCAUUGGACAAACUGGCUAGGGUUUCUGGAAGUUGAAGUAUCAAACAAACGGAGAACCACAGGUUGUGCAGGCCUGGCCUAGAGCUUGGUAAGACCCCCAAGUGGAGGGUUUUCUGCCUUCCUGAAGCAACAGGAAGCGAAGGAAGGGAUGGGGUGGCUGUGAUUUUGUUGGUGUGGCUGGGCCAGUACAGCAACAAUGUACUCUGGAGAAAAGGGCUUAAAACUGCCGCUAAAUCUACAUGUCGACAGCCUGUGCCUCAGUGUGGCCUAGUAGUAUGUCCAUGGAAGGACAACAGUAGAGUGAUAAAACUGGUGUAACCAUUGUUCAGGUAUCAUCAGUGCAGAUUCUUUUAAUAUGGCAAACAGUUUCUAAGAUGUGUUCUCACUUAAACAUCCAGGUUCCCAACAUGUAUUAAUGAAACCUAAAAAAACAGAACGAGAUGGAAUUUGAUGGAAAAUGAGAUGUGGCUGAUUGAGCAUUUGUCUCUGAAAUUUGUGUUCUAACUUCCAUCUCUCGAAUGCCACUCUGUUUUUCUAGCUUCAUAACGAUUUUUUGGUGUAGGUCUUGCAAAACCAUCUGCUUCUCCAGUUGAGAGUUAGGCUGUUUUAUAAUUUCCUGGAACAUUUGAACAAAAGUAGAUUGCUUGCAUCAGGACUGGCUUAUGAAAAGGUCAGCAACUAACAGAAAUGUAUGGAGGGAAAUGCUGUUCAUUUUGAAGGAGGGGUUUGUGAGUGCUGCAGUAACUUGGACCAGGAAGACUAUGUUGACUGCCUGUUACAAAUCUUCUUGAGCACAACUUCUGGCUAACUUCAGGUCCCAUCCCGUGUGCCUCAUCGCUACUAUUCUGCCCCAUAAUUAUAUUGCCACAAUUCUUGGAAUGACAUGGCAGCACAAUCUUGCCAUAAGAGAUUCAAAUGUAUAUGGUGGUAAAAUGUCCCUUGAGUCCUAAUGCAAGACAUUUGCAAGAAUUGAACUCCUUAGUAGUUCUUCCAUUCAGAUUUUGUGUCUGCUGUUGUAUAUAGUUGCUCCAUUCCACUUCUUUUCUUCUCAUGCUCCCCCUGCUGUUUAAUAAUAGCCUAUGUGGAAGUGCCUUAUGGACUCGUUUCUGUUCCAUUUGUGUCAUGGAAAAGUGGUUUGGGUUUUUUUUUUUAAAAAGUUCUAUUUAUUGCCAUUCCUUUUUUUUCAGAUGCCUAGAACACUAAGCCUCAAUGCAUGGGAUAUUUUAAAUAACGACAUACAUUUUUUGAAAAUCUCUCUCUUCACAUUUGUGGUGGAGGAAUAGUCCAUGAAGCAGCAUAAGUUUAUGUUAUUUUAAAGUUUUACUUAGCUUUUAAAUGGCUUCUCUUAUAUACAGUUUUAUUUUUUUAAGCCUGUCUGUUUGUAAAACAAGAUUCCUUGUUUUGUGGCUUUAAAAAAAGUGAAAUAUUCCUUCAGGUGUCUUUUCAGACUUAUUUGGAGGCUGAAACUGUUGUUGUGAGGUCGUUUCCCCCACACCUUUUUACACCAGUUUUCCUUGCUAAGUGAUGAACUUGCAGAGUUAGAAAACAACACAGAUACACAGUGCCUGUAAGUCAAAUAUCUCAAAAUAAAAACAUAUGAGAUGGUU